AAAUUUUUAAUUAAUUACUCCCAAAUCUCGCGUAUCUAAUUAUUACAGCCCAUGGCAGCAAAGCAAACACUGUAUUAAUUGAUAGUCCUUUCAUAAAACAAAACCUAGGUUGGUUCAAGUGGUUAAUACUGAGCAAAUCCGUCCGCCAACCGUAUUUUAAUGACGUUGAUAAUAAACAAUAACAUACAAUAUAAUAAUAGUAUACUGGAAUAGGCAUGAUAAAGACGUAAAGUUUACUUUACCGUAAUACGAAAUACCGUGGAAGUUGGUAGGUUACUUGACUGUCACUACUGUCGACGCAUUACACAUGCGAUUUGGUCAUUUUCGCAUUUCACCUCACUAUUAUAUCUGAAUUCUCGAUCACGAUUUUCGACGUUCAUUACUUGCGUAUGGUUUUUCCCAUGUUUUGUUUAUUGUACAGCUUGAAUCUCCAACUUAUAGUGUCCACUCAGCAUAAUAUACUUUAGUAUUAUUCAAAGGAAGUAUGGCUACUAACAGUUUACAAAUAUUGAAAAAGGGAAAGCGACCAGCACCGUCAGAAACUUCUGAAGACGAAGACGAAAUUUAUAAUGAUGUUCAAAUCAGAGUGGGGUCUAAUUACCAGGCUGACAUCCCAGAGCUAUUGUCACAGCCAGAAAACAAGCAUAAGCAGCGCCCAAAAUCACUAUUAGUUUGGCUUCCACCCAAAAAUAUUUCAGAAGUUGAAUUAAAUGAUUACAUAUUGUUUUCAAAAAAUAAAUAUGGUUAUGGCACUGAACAGUGUUUAGGCUUGCUGUGCUGGAAUAAACAUAACUUGGAAAAGUCUAUUCAUGAUCUACCAAUGUAUUCACCCUAUUCAAACUGGUCCAUUCAUGAUAAGGCUAAUUUUGAAUCUGCCUUUAAUAAGAUCGGGAAGAAUUUUGUACAAAUUGCAAAAAUGCUUCCUGACAAGUCAUUAAAAUCAAUAAUCUGUUAUUAUUAUUUGUGGAAAAAAAAGAAAACUGGGCGGUACAGUGUUAAACCAUCAAAUAAAUUGGAACAUUUUAAUGCAAACAAGAUUCAAAUUGGGAGUGGUGAGAAACCUAGUUCAUCAAAAUCUAAGCCUGUUAACAUGAACUAAUGAAAGUAUUAGACCAAUACUAUGUCCACCAUGUUCAAUCAGUUUCCAUUUAAAUUUUAUUUAUGAUAAGCCUUCACUACCACAAGACUAAUAUGUUAAAUCAUGAUAAUCUUCAAUCUAUUGCAUCUGGAUAAAAUAGCCAAGGAGAGACUAUUUUAUCAAUAAUAGGUGAUGAGGUUUAUUUCCACAACCAAACUAUUUUACAUGUGUAUAAGAAGAUUAAACUACGUAUACAUAGAAACAGUGAACCCACUACAAGUGACAUUUUUCCAUUGUGGAGUUUUACAUGAUAUACAAGAUACAAUCAAGGGGACAUUUAACAUUUUUUAACAUUUGUUUAAUAACUAGUUUCAUUAAGAACUCACAUGGAAAUACAUAAAAUGUUACUAUGGUUUAAUGUUUUAUUGUAUUUAAAAUUGAUUAUUUUUUAAUUUGUAUUCAACUCUUAACUGUUUUAUA